GCAGCACCUCCCCAACUGGUCCCUCACUUUGACAAAUUCCUGGACGUGAGCGGGACUGCUGAAUGGCUUCUUGCUCGUAAAGAUGAUACCCUGAAUGUUUUAGAAGUUGCCUUACCUAUUGUAUCCCCGCUGGUAGACUAUCACUUUGGAAAAACACAAUGGGACUGUGGUCAUUUUUGAGUUUUUCCCUCUUGGCUUUCGUGUUGCUGUACUCCUUUCACCCCAAGUUUGUGGCUCAAGCGGAAGUAAGUUCUCGAAGAGCCAAUGACAGAUUGUAUCGCCUGGAUGUAACACCGCUGGAGGCACGUACAACCCGAAAAUCAACGGAGGUUAAAGUCGACAAUAGCGCAAAAGUUUUCAUCGCUUCUGAAUCGGAAGCAGCCGUUGCUUUGAAACCGAACAAUGGAAAGCAAGUAGGGAAUGAAACACAGAGUGGACUUGGACACGAGUCGCUGAUCGGCAACACAAUUGCACCAAACUAUCACAACCGUCUCAGAAUACCAGGUAAAAAGUGUGAUAACAUAUCCGAGGACAACCAUGGGCGACCUGCAGCGAAUAUAAUGUUAGAAAACACAUUUUCUGAGAUAAAAAAGAGGGCAAAAAGGAGUGUGCGUACAACAUACACCGACAAUGUGGAUAGGAGUACAAGUGGACAAGCUCAGUCAAGAGAGAGGUUUGUGGAGACUGUCCAAGGUGUUUCCAACUCCAGACCCGAGUACCGGCACACAGGGGAGGAAGCUAGAGGCUCUAACCCGAGGCAAAGUGAGCCGCACCUGGACACUUCUACUUUUGCUCUAUCGGGAGACUCGGCGCACAACCAGGCGAUGAUGCACUGGUCCGGACACAACAGCAGCGUGAUCCUGAUCUUGACUAAGCUGUAUGAUCUUAACCUGGGUGCUGUUACUGAGAGCUCACUCUGGAGAUCCUCUGAUUAUGGAAGCACCUACACCAAACUCAACGACAAAGUGGGCUCAAGGACAGUUUUAAGUUACCUGUACGUCUGCCCUACCAACAAACAGAAGAUAAUGAUACUUAGCGACCCAGAGGUAGAGAGCACUGUUCUCAUCAGUUCAGAUGAAGGGGCAAGCUUUGAGAAGCAUCCCAUUAACUUCAACAUCCUGAGCCUGCUCUUCCACCCUGUACAGGAUAACUGGAUACUGGCUUACAGUCAUGACAGCAAGCUGUACAGUUCAAUGGACUUUGGGAGGAAAUGGCAGCUUAUUCACGACAACGUGAUGCCAGGCCGAUUCUACUGGGCGGUAAUGGGGCUGGACAGUGAAUCGGAUUUGGUCCACAUCGAGACGCGCAUCGCAAAAGGCCGCGCCCAGUAUGUGAAGUGCAGAGCCCAACGAUGCACAGAAGGCAAUAGACUGUACCUCUUUCCUGGACAUGUAGACACCAACUCACUGGUUGUGCAGGAUGAAUACGUUUUCACACAGGUAACCAAGUCAGGACGAGCCAGCUACUUUGUCUCCUACAUGAGAGAAUCCUUCAAACGGAUGAAAUUACCUAAAUAUUGUCUACCAAAGGACAUGCAUAUCAUCAGUACGGAUGAGAAGCAGGUAUUUGCUGCGGUCCAGGAGUGGAAUCAGAACAACACCUACAGCCUGUAUAUCUCAGACUCCCCCGGGGUCUACUUUACACUUUCAUUAGAGAACCUCAGAACCAGCAGAGGACCCGGCGGUAACCUACUGGUUGACUUUUAUAAGGUUGAGGGGAUAAAUGGCAUGUAUCUCGCCAACAAACUGCUUGACAGUCAUGUCAAGACUUUCAUCACAUACAACAAGGGACAAACAUGGGCCCUGUUGCCAGCUCCUGCCACUGAUGUGGCAAGAAAUAACCUUCACUGCAUUGUGCCAUUUUGUUCGCUGCAUCUUCAUCUGGAGAUGUCAGAGAAUCCCUACACGUCUGGACUCAUCACCAGCAAAAAGUCUGUGCCAGGGAUCAUUGUGGCGACAGGGAAUACCGGAACAGAACUGUCCUCCACUAACCUUGGGAUGUUUAUAACAUCUGAUGCAGGAAAUAGCUGGAGACAGAUUUUUGAUGAACAGCACAACGUUUGGUUUCUUGACAACGGAGGGGCUUUGCUGGCAGUCCUACAUGCAACAGCGCCUAUUCGACACUUAUGGAUCAGUCUAGACGAAGGAAAAAAAUGGGACCGACACAGUUUCUCCUUGGCCCCUCUGUAUGUGGACGCAGUUUUAAUGGAGCCAGAAUCUGACAAUCACAUUAUCACUUUUUUUGGACACUUCAGUCAUCGGUCAGAAUGGCAGCUGAUCAAGAUCGACUACAAAGGCCUCUUUAACAGGAGAUGCAUGGAUGGAGAUUAUCAAACAUGGAACCUGCACGACAAGGGAGAGCCGUGUGUGAUGGGCGAGAAGCAGAUCUUUAUGAAGCGCACGCCAGGCAACCGUUGCAUGCUGACCCAGGACUAUUCGAGGAUCUAUACCUCAGAACCAUGCCUCUGCACAGCCUAUGAUUUUGAAUGUGAUUAUGGGUGGGAACGCCAGGCGGACGGGAAGUGCUCCCCUGCUUUUUGGUUUAAUCCAAAUGGUGCGACUAAAAGCUGCAGGCCCAGCCAAAGCUUUCUUAACAGCACAGGAUAUCGAAAGGUUUUGUCCAAUAACUGUAAGGAGGGAGGGAGGAACGUGUACUCGCCCAAGAGGCAGGCGUGUCGUCCCAGACCCCCCCGAGGUCUAAGGCUGUCCACCAGUCAAGGAGAACUCAGUGCCACUGUUGGAAGCAACGUUACUUUCAUGGUCUACCUCGAUGAUGGAGACUCGUUGAGGACCAGCAUCCAGCUAGACUUCGGGGACGGCAUUAAGAUCACAUACUCUAACCUGAGCAGGGCCGAUGAUGGCAUCAACCAUGUCUACAGAACGACUGGGAUUUACAGAGUGACAGCUUCUGCUGAAAACAACCAGGGAUCUGACAGCAGCACACUGUUUUUACACAUCACCAGUCCAGUGGAGCGUGUAUAUCUCUCCACUCCUAUUGUAGCCAUCAGGGGGAAGGAGGUUAAUCUGACUGCGGUGGUAUGGCCGAGUCACACCAGAACAUUGACCUUCUUCUGGUGGUUUGACAACAGCUCCGAGCCCAUUAUAACCUUGGAGGGAAGCAUUUCGUACACAUUUCAGAGGGAAGGAAAAAACAAGGUCACGGUCCAGGUUGCUUCUGGGAGCACCAUAAUGCAGGAUUCAAAAGUUAUAAAUGUUAAAGAAUUCUUCAGGUCGCUGCUGUUGUCAUUCUCGCUAGCUCUUGAUGAGCACAAUCCUGACAUCCCAGAGUGGAGGGAGGACAUAGGCCGCGUGGUGCGGACAGCUCUGUCACGGGUAUCUGGGGUCCCUGAAGAUCAGCUUCUGGUGUCUUUGUAUCCUGGACUUCCAUCUACAGCAGAGCUCUUUAUCCUGCCUGAUGAGCAGACAUCAAGUGAGCACAAGAGAGGGAGUGAGGAGGCUCUCGAGACGAUAUCCGAUAUUUUUGUCACUGCCCUGAACCAAGGCCUGAUCCAGUUUGAGCUGAAAGCGGAUAUUCACAUUAUUGUGUACAUGACUCAGCAAACUUUGGCACCACUUGUGGAUUCAAACUCCAUCCACAGUGGGUCAGCCAUGCUGAUGCUGCUCACCGUGGUCUUUGUUGGUUUAGCAGCAUUCUUCAUCUACAAGUUCAAAAGGAAGAUCCCUUGGAUCCAUGUUCAAGCUGAGAAUAGUCAUGAGAAGGAACCGGAGGUGAUCAGUACAGUCGGUCAGAAUAACAUGUCAAAGGUCAAGCUCAGUGAGUUUCCCUCUCCGAAAGAACUCAUGGAAAAGGAGCUGGAGGCCACGAGCAGAGGAGGAAUUGGAAGAAAUAUGGAGAGAAUUGUUACAAGGGAAUUUCCAAACUGUUCAAACGUCUAAGACUCUGUUACUGCGUAAGUACAGAUUGUUGUGUUACAAUUGUGCUAAAAUUGUUUGCUUUGUUGGCAUUGUUUUCUUUUUAUAUACACAUUCCACUGUGAUAGCUGCUAUCCUUCAAAGUCAUGUUUUUAACCCACAUGGGUAGAGUAAGCAUCUUUACAAUACUUGAUGAAGAUCAAUCCACCGAGCCAGACUCUAGGGUCUCUAGCGGUGAAUUGCUGGAAAUGGCUUAUAAAGUUAGCCAGAAAAAAAAUGUCCAAUUAGCCUCAAGGUUCCCGGCUCUACAUUAACGCCAUCUAUUUCAUGGAUAUUCAGCUGCCAUUGUGUACUUUUGAUGAAUGCGUCACCGCCUGUGACAUAUCAUCAUUUGUGUUAAUUGGGAGGAAAAUAGCAGAGGAAAAACAGAGUUCUUCAAAUAAUAUACCUCAGAAUCUAUAAGAAACAGUGAAAUGAGAAAAGUACCAUUAAAUUAACAGUUCAGUACAAGAGACAUAAUGUAUAGGCUUCACUGUAUAUGUAUAGAUUUUUUAAAAAGUUACUUUCAAUUCUGCAUUGAAUGACAGAGAAUGAACAUAACUCACUAUAAGGACAUUUAGGCCGUUAAGGACUAUCAUGAUGUAGGGCUUAAAAUGAUGAACACACUUGAUGUAAUAAAAAUGAAAUAUUACAGUACUUGUUGAUAAUGUUUCCCUCUAACAGACACAUUGAACUGAGAAGGCUAUAACAUUUCUCAAGCGUAACCUUUUUAUUUUGUUUUUACAUUUUUUCCUUUUUCCUUAUAAUAUAAUAUAUAUAAUUGAUAGAUAACUUUAGUCAUCAUUUCAUGUUUAAUAAACCACAUUCACGCUCUGGAUAAACAUUUACCGCCCUAUAACUAGAGGUCUUUGAGUUGUAAAUAUACACUAAUGAAUAUUUAUAUUAGAAAUGUCAAAAUCUGACUGUUGUGAAUGCUCAUGAGAAAGGAAUAUCGGAAAGGAAUAUGGAGUUGGUUUUGCUUUGUAAGUUAACAUGGUGCUUUAAAUGACUCAUCAGAUGAUGGUACACAACGGAAAAUGUGACGUUGAACAUGAACGUAUGGCCUUAGAAGGAGAAAUAUUGUAAACUUGUACAUAGAGAGAGAAGGAAUGUAAAGGAAUGUACAGUAGCAUCAUCCUACUUUAAUGUAAGGUUGACUUACUGAACAGUUAGUAGGUUAGUAUGUUUCUAUGUACUUCAGUCUCACAACAAACUGUAUGUCAUCUUUUUCAUUUGUUAGAUUUUUUUUCCAGUAGCAUGCCCUAAUAAUCUGUGAUAAAAGAUAUAAUAUAUUAGGGAGAGCAAGUACUUUAUGUAUGUAUACAUAUAUAUGUAUACGUAUAUGUAUAUACACGCACACAAUCAUUAUUGGUUUUAAAGUUUCAUUAAACAAAUAAUUGACACCUUGUCUAAUAGUCUAGUUGUGCAAAUGCAAAAAGUUGUGCAUGAUCUAUGAUAUUGUUCAUUUUUGUCUGAUAUAUAAAUUGUCUUGUUUUGAAUCAUAUUUCUUACUGUGAACAAAUUGCCAUUUUUAAAUUGUUCAAAAAUAAAUGUAUUUUUAUAUUGAAUCAUGUGUAUCUAUUAUGCAUGCACCCAACAUUUCUGUUGAAAUGGAAGAUGUAAGAAUAUAAUAUAGUUUACACUCUUGUCUCCUGGCGGAAGGAUGCGAAGACAGAUUUCUUUGGCUGCCAGUGAAUGAGAAAUGUCUGCAUUGUCAUGACAUAAACCUGAAAACAAGAUUCAUGAAGCGCGUGUUAUCUGAAAGUCAGGUGCCUUGUAGCAGCCAGCACAUCAGUCUCAGCAUUACACUUUUAAUGAUCC